GGAGAUGCACCUGUCAGCCCGCCCGGCUGCCGAUCCCCGCUCGCUCCCGGACUAGGAAUGGGCAGCAGCAAGUCGCCUGUUGCCCUCCUGGUGGCCCUGUGGCUCUGCCAGCUGGGCGCGUGGGCAGCGGGGCGCCCCAAGGUGAACCCCAGGAUCAUCGCGGCUCCCCAAGGUGCCAAGGAAUAUGUGUUCCCACGGAGGGAGAGGUUCCCAGUGUUCUUCCACCAGGAAAACACCUCCUCCAUCUACGUCGGGGGCGAGGGCAGGCUCUACUACUACGACUUUGCAACGCGUGAGAACUACACGGAAGAGUUCCCGGUGAGAAAUGAAGGCCAGUGCGUGUCCUCUGGGAAUUUGGAGGACAGCCGGAAUUACCUGACCCUGGUGGAGCAGUACGGGGACGGGCUCCUGGUGUGCGGCACCGGCGCCUGCGCUCCCACCUGCUGGAACGUGACACACAGGAAGGAGAGCCAGCCCUGGGAUGGGAGAGGGAUCGCUCCCUUCACCCCUGACUCCAACACCCUCGUCGUGGUCGAUGGCCAGGACAUCUACUCUACCAUCAAGAAGAGCCAGCAGAAUGGGAAGAUCCCUCGGUUCCGCCGCGUGAGGGGCGGGGGAGAGCUCUACACCAGUGACACCGUGAUGCAGAACCCUCAGUUUGUCAAGGCCACCACGCUGAGGCACGAGGAGCCUCACCAGGACAAGAUUUAUUACUUCUUCCGCGAGGACAACCCCGACAAGAGCCCCGAGGCGCCCCGCAACAUCUCGCGGGUGGCCCAGCUGUGUAAGGAGGACAGGGGAGGAACCAGCUCCCUCUCAGCCUCCAAGUGGACCACAUUCCUCAAGGCCACCCUGAACUGCAUGGACCCCGUCACCAAGGGCAACUUCAACUGGCUCCAGGACGUCUUCUUCGUCCCUGCCGGUGACUGGCGGCACUCCAAGGUCUACGGGCUCUUCACCAACACCUGGGGGAGCUCUGCCGUCUGCGUUUACUCCUUCGGGGACAUCGACAACGUGUUCAGGACAUCGCGGCUCAAAGGCUACAACGGCCCCACCCCCGAGGUCAAACCCGGCCAGUGCGUCCCCUCGGGGCAGCACACGCCGAGCGAGACCUUCAAGAUCGCGGACAGCCACCCGGAGGUGGAGGAGCGGGUGGAGCCGCUGCCCCCGUCGCGCAGCCCCCUGUUCCACAACAAGCACCGCUACCAGAAAAUCGGCGUGCACGAGGUGCCCGCGGCCGACGGGCACCGCUACAACGUCCUCUACCUGGCCACAGACAAGGGGUCCAUCCACAAGGUGGUGGAGCUGCCAGACGGGGUGCAGAACAUCGUGGAGAUCCAGGUGUUCCCCAACAAGGAUCCCAUCCAGUCCAUGAUCCUGGACCACGCCAGAGCCGUGCUCUACGUGGGCUCCAAUAGCCGCGUCCUGGAGCUGCCCAUGGACAUGUGCGGGGCCUACCGCAACAACUGCCACAGCUGCGUGCUGGCCAGGGACCCCUACUGCGGCUGGGCCAACGGCUCCUGCCUCUCGCUGGCCCUCAGCAGGGACGUGCUCCAGAACCUGAACUUGGACUCAUGGCAAGGAAGCUGCCAGAGGGGUGACGUCAAGGAUGACGACUUCCACAACGUCUCGGUGAUGCUGCAGUCCCCCUACUACCUCAACUGCUCCAUCGAGUCCCACUACGCCACCUACAACUGGUACCACGAGGGCAUGCUCAUCAAGAGCUGCAACACCUCCCACCCCCAGCACGACUGCUUCCACUUCAUCCCCAGUGUGCGCCGCGAGCACUACGGCCACUACGUCUGCGUGUCCGAGGAGGACGGCUUCCGCCAGGCGCUGGUCAAAGAGCACCUGAUGGACCACCAGCGCUUCCUCUGGCAGCGCGGCCAUGCCCCAGCCGUGCCGGCCUCGUGGCUCCGGCUGCUGCUCGUGGUGGCCCUGGCCGAGCUCUUCCACUGACGCCGUCCCGCUCGCCCUGCCCGUGGGCUUUGAGCGCCCCUCGCCGCCGGCCUCGCUGGCGGAGCCGCGGGAGGAGGGCGCGACACGCGGUGGC